UCCGGUUCAGUUGCGGAAGUGCCUUGACACAGCUAGCUUGUUGUUGGGACAUUUCAACGCUAGCUAGGCAAACUCAGUAACUCAAACAACACACUUCAAACUUCGCCACUCUUUUUUCAAAAUGGGUUGUGACGGUGGAACGAUUCCCAAAAGACACGAAUUGGUGAAAGGUCCAAAGAAAGUCGAGAAGGUUGACAAAAAUGCAGAGUUGGCCGCCAAAUGGAAGCACUGCGCCCUAAGUCAGGAGAAACUCAGGCGUCCAAUUGUUGCCUGCCAACUGGGAAGGCUUUAUAACAAAGAUGCUGUCAUUGAGUACCUUCUGGAUAAGUCUGCCGAGAGACCCAACACCGAUGCUGUAACACACAUCCGUGGAACCAAGGAUAUAAAAGAGCUCAACUUGACCGACAACCCAGAGUGGGACGGAGAGAGAAGGAACACUAAAGGAGACAGAUAUGAGGACAUCCAUUGUGGAAUGUUUAUUUGCCCCGUUGUUGGUCUCGAGAUGAACGGCAAGCACAGGUUCUGUUACCUACAAACGUGUGGUUGUGUUUUCUCGGACCGUGCCCUCAAGGAGGUCAAGACUGAAAUCUGCCACAAGUGCGGGGACCCCUUUCAGAACACGGACAUUGUCGUGCUCAACGGAACAAAGGAGGAGGUGGAAAAGCUGAGGGAAAAAAUGGAGGAGAGGCGAUCCAAAGCCAAAACUAAGAAAUCAAAGAAGAGCAAACCUGCUGAAAGUGUGUCUGCCCCAUCAGAAGCAAAAGGUGACACACAAGUGGACGAAGUGCAAAAUGGCUCGCUAGAAAAUGGUGGCGAAAGCAGCCAAUCAGAUCAGGCGGGAAGCUCUGGUGCCUCACGCCUCUCGAGCUCCCUCAACGGCGACAGGCCCCCGUUGGCCGCCUCCAAGCGAUCCAUCCAAGAGAUGGAGGAGAAGUCUGAGGCUUUCAAGUCCCUCUUCACCACCCACAGCUCUGCCAAGCGCACCAAAGAUCAGACCUCCAACUGGGUCACCCAUACGCCAUACCACUUCUAGCUCUCAAACGCACAUCUUCCCUGGCGCCGCCUCGCGUGGGAGCAUUCCGAACGUGUUGUCCACAACUUCCAUGUUUUGUUUUGAAAAUGUUCUGGACAUGCUCCCCAUGGCGUGGCUGCUCACACGCUCUUAUUGUGUGUCGUCACCCACGUGUCCCUUAUGCAGGAGCUUUGAGAAUUACACCAGGAGUGUUUGUUUUUUUUCCUCUUGGUAACAACAAUGGCCUUUUCAUACCAAAGCUUUGCUCUUUUUUUGUCCUACACUACAUUGAUUAUAUUAUAACGCAAAACCUGCUAUCUGAGAAAUUCCCUUUUUUUUUUUUUUUUUUUUUUUUUUUUUAGGUAUGAAAACAAAAUCCGCCAUUCAAAAAAUCCUGCAGAUAUGAGGUUUUGCGUUUUGGCUAUCAAUUUGAAUUCAAGUGGCAGCCCAUUCUUAAUCCAUUGGGUUUAAUAUGACGUUGGUCCACCCUUCGAGCUACGGCUGCUUUAACUACUGGGAAGGCUUUCCACUCGGUUUAGAAAUUUUUGAGAAUUUUGAACCAUUCUUCCUAAAGUGCACUUGUGAGAUCUCUUAAUUCAUCCCAAAGGUUUUUCUAUCCGGUCUCAUCCAACAUUAGUGUGAGACCUCACAAAUGUGCUUUAGGAAGAAUGGUAAACAAAACAUCCCAUAAACGCACUCCUAAACUUUGUGGAAAGCCUUCCCAGAAAAGUUACAUCUGUUAUAGCUGCAAAGGGUGGGACAGGGUGUCAUAUGUCACUUAACGUUUGUAUGCAAGUCAAGCCAGGUGUCUGAAUACUUUUGACAAUGUGAGGUUUCUUACCUCUUCCCACAUGUUCUCCUCAUGACAGGAACACACACACCAAUUUUUAAACAUCAAAACCGAUUAUUACAAUUUGAUGAGGUCAAAAACAUUUUCCAACCACACCACAGGUUAAUUGCUCAUAAUAAUCUUGUAAAGACGUUCGAGUAUCGGGCAUUUGAUGACUGAUCAGAAGGGGGAAAUGCUCAAAUUCGGCCGGAUUGUAGUUUGUCGAUAUGUGUGUACCCUGCUUUAAGACAUAAUGCUACGUGUCAUUUGUAUUAGCAGUGGAAUGUUUCUUUAUGCAAUUAGUGUCAAAAAUAAAGUCCUAUAGAGUCCUUAA